AGAAGAGCAGUUCAUUAGAGUGCACUGGGGAGAAUCUUGUGAACUGGAAGCCUGACAAGAGGACCAGUGAAAGUGCAAGUGGUGUGCCGGCAGGACCCGAGCAUGCUGGGCUGUGAGAGGGGGGCGGGGGUGAGACGCUGGUUCACCCUGGUGACAGGGCUGCUGGAGUGCCUGUGUUUUGCGGGGGCCGUGUUCGGCUGGGCCUCCCUGGUGUUUGUGCUGAAGACAGAAGGCUACUUCAGCAACCUGUGUGUCAACGCCACCAGGAUCGAUGGAACGGAAUUCACAGACUGCAGUGGUCAGGAUGAACAGUUCUCCCUUAUCUUCACGAUUGCCUCCUUCAUGAACAACGUCCUGCUGCUUCCAAACGGUUUCCUGUUUGACCAUUUUGGCACCAUGGUGGCCCGACUGCUGGGAAUAUCCCUCUAUACCAUGGGCGCCUUGUUCGUGGCCUUCUCGAGUUCAACCCUGUCCACCAUCCUCUACCCAGCCCUGGCCUUCAUAGCAGUGGGAGGCAUAUUGUUUCUGGUCACUAACAUGCAGGUGGGGAACCUGUUUGGUUCCGCUCGCUCGACCAUCAUCACCCUUUACAACGGCGCCUUCGACUCAUCCUCCGCUCUCUUCCUCAUCGUCAAGCUGUUGUUUGAGGCUGGGGUCUCACUGCGUGCCUCUUUCCUCUUCCUGGCUGCGUGUGGCGUCAUCCACCUGGUCAGGACCUUCCUCCUCAUGCCACGAACACUCAUCCCCUACCCUCCCCCUGAAGGAUAUACCUACGGGGUAAAGACCUGCUGCACGACCAAGACCUGCAGCCCAGAGCAACAAGCAGCCAAUGACAACGCGCAGAGUGGUGAUGUCACAGAUGAAACGCCUUUAAAUGAGGAGCCUGUGGAAAAAGUGCCUGGUUUCCGGGAGUGUUUCCUGUCCAAGUUCUUCCUAUGGCACCUGGUGUGGUUGUCUGUCAUGCAGCUCAGGCAUUACCUGUUCAUUGGGACCCUAAACCCAGUGCUUCAGAGACUAACUCAAGGGGACCCUUCUCUGGUGAGUACAUACACCAAUGCGUUUGCUGUGACUCAGCUCUGUGGGGUGCUGUGUGCCCCUUGGAAUGGCCUCAUCAUGGACCGACUCAAAGGGAAACCCAGGGCCCCAGGACAGAGUGAGAGGGAGGCAGACCUCCAGGCGUCCGUGCUCUCCUUGUCACUAACGGCUCUGCAGUGCCUCCUCUUCUCCAUCUGCGCCUCCACCCCCUUCUUGCCCAUCCAGUAUCUGACCUUUGCCCUGCAGGUCCUCAACCGCUCCUUCCUCUACGGAGGCAACGCAGCCUUCAUCAGCAUUGCUUUCCCUGCUUGUCACUUUGGGAAGCUGUAUGGUACAGUCAUGGCUCUGUCUGCAGUGGCAUCCCUGCUGCAGUACCCCUGCUUCACCCUGGUCAAAGGGGUACUGGGAGGAGACCCGCUAUACGUAAACAUAUUCCUGACAUUACUCACCCUGCUGGCCUUCAUCCAUCCUGUCUGUGUCUAUCUGCACUGUCGGCGUAUGGCAGCACUCAGGACCAAAUCCAAGGACACCCUCCCAUCACCCACCUCCUAGACCAACAUUUCAAAAAGGGAAUUGAACGCACACAAUUUAAUGCUGCCAUGUGAACCCUGAAACCUUUUCUUCUUCUCCAGUUUGUGUAUGUGAAUACCAUAUGUGUGUAUGUGUGUGUAUGUAUCUAUCAGAGCUUCCAUGAAACCUGCUGUCCAAAUUGUUCAGAGAAAGAAGAAAUGUUUUUGCAGUCGUCAAAACUUCCAAACUUUUUGCGAAGUCCUUGUUGAAUCCCAUCUCUGGGAGUUAGAGCACACUGUUAAGUGAACUCUAAAACUGGGCAAAAUUGGCAAAGUUUGUCUUAAAAUAAAACGCUGCUGGUCACAUUGUCUAACAACAAAUUUUCCUGAAGGAAGCUCUGGUAUAUAUAUCUAUAUCUUCAAAAAGUAUUCAAACCCUUUAAAAGUACUCUUAAUUUAAUGGCUUACAAACGCCACAUUGCUACUAUGUUUUAUUUUACAACAUUGACACUCAAAACCAGUUAUUGUCAAUAGUUGAUUUUGAGUGUCAGUGCUUUAAAAGAAAAUAUGAAUCUGAAUGAAAUUUCAGUGUACCAUUUGUAAUUCAGUAAUAUGAGAUAUCAAAUUCGUCAUGUGGUUGAAUACUUUUUCCAGGCAAUGAUCACGAGGAUCACCGUAGCAUAUUUUUUGGAAAAGACACCUAGCUUUGCUAGUCAUAUACGUUUACAUAUUUCCUGACGUUGUCAGAGUGGGAACAAAAACUGUUACAGACUGUUGUUAUUUAGUCCUCUAUCAACCACUUGAUUGGUGGACUUUUGCUAAAGCGGAAAGCUCAUAUGCUGCGGCGGACUGAAACGCGAUUUCAUUGUACAGAUACAGAAUUUACAUUAGGCAUCCUACGUAGCAGGAUUAUAAAAUGGUGCUAGUUAUUCUAAAAACGUAAGGCUUUUUGCGAGACAGCGAUAUCCUAGAAGUUGUAGGUUUUUUACAGGACCUAAGGCCAGUCUGUGAGUUAUUUGAUCGUUGGAACAUAGAGCUGCUGUGUAAAUACUGCAAUGUGGAUUUGAAUUAAUUUAUGGAGGACCAAAGGAGGACUAAACAUAUAAUCAUUUCAAUAAUUAAUAAAAAACAAAUAUAAUUUUAGGUGGCAAGCAUAAUUUCACUUUUUAAAGUAAUAUGAAAUAGCUUUUUUUAUCACAAGAUGUAUUUCGUAAUAUCAAGGCAUUUUUGAUAAUAUCAUGGUCCUUUUUACAAUAUCCUGACGUAUUUCAUAAUUUCAUGGCCGAUUUCAAACUAUCAUGUAGUUUUUCACGAACACGUACGUAAAUCCAUAGUAGUGGGUUGUCUGUAGCAGCUGAUUGGCUAAACCAGCCACACUGCUUCACCUACAGUUGAUUUCUUGUAGUAGGAAUUUUAACAGGAUUUUGCAGCAUCAUGGUUGUGCUUGAGGAGAGCAAUUUAGCAAGUUUGUAUGCAGAACGUUCUGGCAAAACCACUUUUACUACGAACACAUUCUUGUAAAUGGCAAUAGAAAUACUAAUAGAAAUAGAAAGGCCUGGACUUCCAAGGGCUGUAGCCCCGCUGCUUUUUGAAAAAGCCCCGGGUCUUUGAUCCAAUUCCGAGAAAUUACUGUACGAUGAAUAUGUCCGCGUGUUUUGCGGUCUGGCAUCGCUACAGCAGGAAUAGGGUUAAGAAAUGAGCGCAAAUAGCAUCGUGUUUUGUUUCAAUUGCGCAGUCUCGUAACUUCCCUUAUUAGCAACGUGGCUCACUUGUUUUGGCAGUGUAACUCGCGAAGGAAGCAAAUUAGUAUGGAGUGUAGAGGAAAAUACAAAACAAAAAUGCCUUUCAGAAUCGCAUCCGUGGUGCUGAGGCAACAGGCAGGGUAGCUACCGCAGCCAGGUCGACAAUGCUUUAGUUAAGUUGAUAUUUGCUAUAGGCUACUAUGCCAACGUUCAUUGCUGAAGCAAGCAGUAGUAAAAUAUACUGAUUACCUAUUGCUAAUAUUGGCUUGCACGG